AUGAAUGUUGGAACUGAUGGCCAGGAACAACGAAAAUCAUUUCCACCGCCGCCUUCGGGUGACGUCUCUCCAGCUGAUUCAUCGGCUACAAACCCCGCUAUUCACUCAGCCAGUGCCUGUUUCUCGCAUCUUGGAAGCGCCAGUGAGCAUUCUUUCAAAUCCACUCCCUCAACCGCGCCAGAGAAUUGCCUUGACCAGCAAUGGGAGGAAGAUUGGGGUCGAGAGGUUUCGUCGACUCGCCCAUCAGAUCUAGAAGCCAUCGAAAACCAAAGAAACCUUGAUGAAAAGCAUGAUCUGGGCGAUGACCACGUUAUGCCUUUGCAGCAUCGGUCAGAGAUGUUCCAACUUAGUCCGACUCCAUCCGAUGACGGCCUACCUCUAUUUCGGAGCGCCAGCCCGGAUCUAGGGGCCGCAUCGUCCCAUCAAUCAGGCGUGGACUCGGAGGACGUCAACUAUGGCCGAGAGUCCGCGAGGCAGUUGAGCGAGGAGCAAAGACUGCCAGAGGUUGGCACAGCAACAACCGAAGGUACAGCAUCACAUGGGAUUGGUUUCCAGCUAAACGUUGACUUGCCAACAGAAGAGAUGAUAAUCAAUGAUAUCCAAAUGAUUUAUGCCGGUCUUGACAUGUGCGAGAAAGUAGCCAUUAGAUAUGACGAGCAGUUUUCCACCAUGGACACUGUGGCCUCGCAGGAUCAACUUGAAAAGCUUACCCAAGUGCAUUUGACGCUAGUGAGUGAGCAGCAUGACUUCUUCAGAGCCUGUUCAGAUCCGGCUGCAGGGCCCAGUGUGAAAAGUCUGCCUGAUGCAUACAUGAUGCCAACUCGCCUGUGGCGCUACGGGAUUCAUGACUACUUGGAAAUGAUGCGUCACCAGCUCCCUGAGUCCCUCGAGUAUAUGCUGGGCUUUAUACAAGACGUUUAUAAAACGAUGGCCUCUAUGGUAUCAGAGUUUCCUGCAUAUGAAGAGACCUGGUUGGAGUGCUUGGGGGAUCUUUCGAGGUACCGAAUGGCCGCGGAAACCACUGACACAGAGGACCGUAGGCUGUGGGCUCGCAUUGCAAUGACUUGGUACAACCGAGCAGCCGAUCGGAACCCAGACAUGGGCAAAUUUCAACACCAUCUUGGGGUCAUGGCUCGACAUGAUGUCGCACAGAGGCUCUUCUACUACACGAAAUCUCUACUUGUCCAGCAGCCUUUUCUGGGCACAAGGACGAGUAUUCUCGACAUAUUAAAUCCCUUUCUUAGAAACUCAACGGCAAUGCGCCGUAUCCCACCAGUUGGCCCAUUCAUCGCUGCCCACGCAUUUCUUUUUACCGGAGACUUUGGCGACGGACUCUACCAUUCCGUCAAUAUUUUCUUGUCGCAUCUGGAUCAAUACGUGACCCACCUCAACGAGAAAUUCAUCCUGCAAGGAUUCUUCAUAUCAGCCAGUAAUAUCGCCGCGAUCAUGGGAUACGGGCACGAAGAUGCACUUCUACCACAUGAGUUCGAUGUAACUACUGGGUUACAGUCAGCAGAUCCCCAAGACUCUUCUACACCGGCAGCUCUUCGCUGGACUUCACCUGAUGAUCUCGACAUGGUGCAGACAGACUUGCUCGCCUAUAAAAACUCGCCAAACAUGGCACCGACAUUGUUCUACGGCUCUUAUAUGGCGUAUCGGACCAUGUCAGUGCUUCUUGAUCGAAUUGGGGACCAAAACAUCUACGCAGCAUGCCAUGUCUAUCUUGCAUUUCUGUGGUGUCUUGCGUUGACCCCCACGGGAAUGAAGCAUGUGGAGGCUGUCGUACCGUGGAGAAAAAUCUCAAGUUUUCUCAAUUCUUUGUUUCGCAGCUACAUCAAACCGGGUAUCGCCGAAAAGCCUGAGUUCCCAGUCUCCGAGGAAACGACGUGGGUAGCCGAGGACUACCUUAUUAGAGGACACUGCUGGAGUGAACGCUUGUACCCUUCAUCGUUUUUCGAUGGUGCGCCUUCUGUAGACGACAUGAGGAAUGACGAACUGCCGUCUCGUUGCAUCACGAGGAUGUAUAGGUGUAUAUGGUUGGGCGUGAGGCUCUCCACGUUCAAUCGCUGGAUAACAUACGAUGCCGCUUCUCACAAAUUCUCCACGACUCGAUUUGCCCUGGAUCUAGAAACAAUUGCCGAGAGAAACGAUCCAUUUGCCAGUCGAAAAAGUUAA